GCAUUUUUUCAAUGGCAUCUACGUAUCCAUGGAUUCCAUCUAUUUACUAGGAAGGAGUACCUAUUUCGAAAACAUGGUAGUUUUUUUUUUUUUUCUUACUCCAUUUGUAUAAAAUGAAAAAUAGCCAAACCACCCAAAUUCCAUAGAAAAUAUUGAAAUAAUAAUGUCGGGAUACGGCGCCGGCGGCAAUGGGAGACUAAAAGGCAAGGUCGCCAUAGUCACCGGCGGUGCCAGCGGAAUAGGCGAGUCCGUCGCUCAUCUCUUUGCCGAUCACGGAGCUCGGAUGGUCGUCAUCGUCGACAUCCAGGACGAUUUAGGCAACAAAGUAGCCGAAUCCAUCGGCGCCCACAGGUGCACCUUCAUCCACUGCGAUGUAUCCGAUGAGAAUCAAGUCAAAACCACCGUGGAAUCAACUGUCCAGAAAUUCGGUCAACUCGACGUCAUGUUCAGCAACGCCGGGAUUCUAAGCUGCUCCGAACAGACGCAGACCGUCCUCGAUCUCGACAUCUCGGGUUUCGAUCGUCUUUUCGCCAUUAACGUCCGUGGAAUGGCUCUGUGCGUGAAACACGCGGCGCGUGCGAUGGUGGAAGGGCGCGUGAGGGGAAGCAUAGUGUGUACUGCGGGCGUGAAGGCGAGCUGCGGUGGAAAAGUAUGCACCGAUUACGUGAUGUCGAAGCACGCCGUGCUGGGAUUGGUCCGUUCGGCGAGUGUUCAGCUUGGCACGUAUGGGAUCAGAGUCAACUCUGUGUCGCCCAGUAUGGUUCCUACACCGAUGACGUGUCACGCCCUGGGGAUGGAGGUUGAGGAUGUAGAGAAGGUGUCUCAGAUGCUUGCGCAUUUGAAAGGUGUUGCUCUGAAACCGCGACACGUGGCAGAUGCUGUGUUGUUUCUUGCUUCCGAUGAUUCGGACUUUAUCUCAGGCGUUGACCUCGCUGUUGACGGUGGAUACAUCGUUAGUUGAUUGGCCGGCCAAUUUUAGUUUAGUUUUGGUUAUGGACACUUAAGAAGACAAUGGUGUUAAAAAAAGUGUCCAGUUUUAUUAUUUGAUAAUAAUGGCCUUCCGGCAGAACUCUUAUUUUCC